UGGAGGGAAGCUGGGAAGACUUUGGCGGCUUGGGAGACCAUUUAACUUUAAUAUUACUGAACCUCUAAGACUGUCAAAAUGGCGGAUACUGGUCAGGAGUAUGAGGAAUACGAGGAGGAGGAGGAGAUUGUUGAUGAGUAUUAUGAGGAGAUAACAACAUCCACCACGACUGUCGGUGAACAAAAGAGUCAGUCCAUUCAGGCCGGUUUGCCUACCAGGAGAGUCAGGAAGAAGGUCAAAGUGGAUAGCUCCAAGUUCAUGACUCCAUACCUGGCUCACAGCCAGAAGAUGAUGGAGCAGUACAGUCACAACAAGUACAGGCAGGCUUACGACUUGACCCGAGGGCAUCCUCCUGCAAUCAUCACUGAUAGUCCUGAAAUGAUUCGCAUCAGGAAGGCCCAGGAGCAGCUAAGUGAGGUUAAAUACCGUAUGGAGGGAAAUAAGGCCCGCAACCAAAGCUUGUACGACGGGGAGGCCAGGGAGGUCAUCCACGUCAAGCAUGUGUCUGAUCUGAUUAGCAAGGUUCUGUACAGGCAGAAGUGGGAUGAGACUAAGGACAGGUACCUGCUGCCUCCUGAUGCUCCUGAGCUGGUCCUGGCUGUGAAGAACGCUGCUAACUACAGCAAAAAACGUUACACUGAGGACUGGGAUGUGGAGAAGACCAUGUACUACCCGUACAGCGACAGCCCCGAGCUGCGCAGGGUGGCCAAGGCUCAGGAAGUCCUCAGUGAUGUUAAGUACAAGAAGGGUCACGUUGAACGCACGGCCAAGUUCACCUCUUUGGCUGAUCCUCCUGAGGUGGAGCUGGCGAGGAGAGUGGCCAAUCAGCGCAGUGAUCUGAAGUACAAAGAAGAUUACAAUAAGAAUGUGAAGGGCCAGUGGUGCGAGACGCCUUAUUUCGACGUGGCCGUUGCCAGGGUGGCGAUGGACAACCUCAGCAGUAAGAAAUACACGCAAGCAUUUGAGGACGAAAAAGACCAAAUUUAUUUCAUGCAAACAGACACGCCCGUUUACGACACAAACAAGAAGGCUCGCAUUGCUAUUAGUGAGGUCCAAUACAAGAAGGAAUACGAGAAGAAGAAAGCGCAGGCCGACUACAACACGCUCCCCGCCACAGAGAAUCCUCUCCUCAGACAGCUCAGAUACGCCGGCACCAUCCUCAGUGACAAAGUAUACAAGGCCAGCUAUGAGAAAUCCCGGGGUUUCAGCAUCAACUACUGUGACACGCCCAAAUUUCAGAUGGACUCAGUACUUAAGAAAUUCUCCGAUGCACGUUACAAAGAUAAGUAUGAAAGUGAGGUGAAGGGCCACUACAUUGGCAGCUAUGAAGAUCUAUACAUGAUUCAUUGCCAGAAGAUGGAGGAAAUGAAGAAUGAGCAACUGUACAAAUCUGAGUACGAAGACAUUAAAACAAGAUGCUUCUUCCCUCAAACAAUGACGCCCGAGUAUGAAGCCACAAAGAAGCUUCAGCAGUGUAAAGAUAAAGUUUACCGGCAACAUCCCGACACAGUGAAAUUUACACAAGUGGUUGAUUCACCAGUUCAGGUUCAAGCCGCCAUUAACGCCAAGCAGCUAAGUGAUUUGAACUACCACGCCGAUUACGAGAAAAUUAAGGUCAAGAACAGCCUGCCGCCAGACUAUCCCUUCUUCAUCCAGUCCAGAGUAAACGCUUUUAACCUCAGUGAUAAUUGUUAUAAGUACGAGUGGGAGAAAGACAAAGCGAAAAAGUUUGAGGUCAAGGGCGAUGCCAUCUCGAUCCUUGCUGCUCGUGCUCACACCAACAUUGCCAGUGAUGUCAAAUAUAAGAAGGAGUAUGAGAAGAACAAGGGACAGAUGGUUGGAGCUCUCAGCAUUAAUGACGAUCCUAAAAUCCUGCACUCUGUUCAUGUGGCAAAAAUCCAGAGUGAUCGUGAGUAUAAGAAGGACUAUGAAAAGAUAAAGACCAAGUAUCAUACACCACUGGAUAUGAUGUCCGUCACCUUGGCCAAGAAAUCCCAGGCCAUCAGCAGCAUGACCGGAUACAGGAGCAUCAGUACCAACUUCUUCCUCCCCCCCGAUACCGUGCUGUUGGAUUUGGCCAAGAAAGCCAACAUCAUCCAGAGUGAUAAUGAGUACAAGUCUGACUACAACAGCUACACCAAGGGUUCCCCAUGGGUCACCUUUGGCUCAAUGGAAGUGGAAAAGAAUAAGAAAGCUGCUGAGAUCCUUAGCGAGAAAAAAUACAGACAAUCUCCCGACACGAUCCCCUUCACUGCUAUUGACGACCACCCCAUCCAACUGCAGGCCAAAGUCAACCAGCUUCAGAGGAGUGAUCGUUUCUACAAGAGAGGUCUGGAAGAGAUCCAUCAGAAGUACUCUCUCCCUCCUGAUGUGCCUGAGUUCCUCCAGGCCAAGUGCAAUUCCUAUAACAUCAGCAAUAAAGCCUACAAGCACGCCUGGCAUGAGUUGAUUGCUAAAGGUUAUGACAUGAAGCCCGAUGCAAUCCCAGUUGUCGUCGCCAAAGCUGCCAGACAUGCUGCCAGUGAUGUCCAGUAUAAGAAGGCUUAUAUGAAAGACAGAGGCCACCACGUUGGCUUCCGCAGCCUCAAGGACGAUCCUCUGCUGGUUCACUACAUGGAGGUGGCCAAGCUGCAGAGUGACAAGAACUACAAGAAGGACUACCACAAGGCUAAGCUGAAGUAUCACACCCCUGUAGACAUGAUGAGUCUGGUACACGCCAAGCAGGCCUCAAAAGUGCAGACCUAUGCUGGCUACAAGCAGCAUCACCAUAACUACUGUCUUCUACCUGACUCAAUGAGUGUGGGCCUCGCUCGAAACAUGAACUACAACGCAAGUGAUUUUAACUACAAGCAGGAAUAUGAGACUUCAGUCAAGGGCACUGGCUGGAUUCCCAUUGGGUCUUUGGAGGUGGAAAAGGCCAAGACAGCAGCAGCAGCUCUGGAUGAGACAAAGUACCGCCAGCCCCCUUCAAAUUUCAAGUUCACCAGUACUACUGACUCCAUGAGCAUGGAGCUGGCCAAGGUCAAUGCCAAGAUCAUGAAUCAGAAAGAGUAUAAAGCCAGUGGAGAGAAGUUCAUGCACACAUACCACCUCCCAGCUGAUUCCCCCGAACUGUUGCAAGCCAGAUACAACGCUGUCAACAUCAGCCAGAAUUAUUACACCUAUGCCCAUCGUCAAGAUCUGCUCAAAGGACAUCAUGUGAAGGCAGAUUCCAUCGCUGUUGUAGCAGCAAAGUCCUCCAGAGACAUCGCCAGCAAUUACAAGUACAAACUGGCUUAUGAGAAGGCAAAGGGCCACCACGUUGGCUUCCGCAGCCUCCAGGACGAUCCUCUGCUGGUUCACUACAUGGAAGUGGCCAAGCUGCAGAGUGACAAGAACUACAAGAAGGACUACCAAAAGUCCAAGCUGAAGUAUCACAGCCCUGUGGACAUGAUGAGUCUUGCACAUGCCAAGCAGGCCUCAAAAGUGCAGACCUAUGCUGGAUACAGGAAGAUCCCACACAGCUACUUGCUUCUACCUGACAACCUGCACUUGCGGCAGUGUCGCGGCAUGAUGGACAUUCAGAGUGAUAAUCUCUACAAGUCCGAUUACAACAACUUCUCUCGAGGAAUCGGUUGGGUUCCUAUUGGUUCUGUGGAUGUUGAGAAGGCCAAAGCUGCUAAAUUCGCCCUUGAUGAAAUAAACUACAGACAGCACCCCAGUACUUUCAAGUUCACAAGCAAGACUGAUAACAUGAACAUGGUUCUGGCUAUGGCCAAUUCAAAGAUUAUGGACAAGGCUUCAUACAAAGCUUCUGGCGAGAAGUUCAUGCACACCUAUCAUCUGCCAGCUGACAGCCCUGAGUUCCUCCAGGCUAAGUUCAAUGCUCAGACCGUUAGCGAGAGUCACUACAAGCACAAGUGGCUGGAAACCAUUGCAAAGGGAUAUGACAUGAAGCCUGAUGCUAUUUCCAUUCUGCAUGCCAAGCAUGGCAGACAUAUUGCCAGCAAUGUCCAAUACAAGAAAGAUUAUGAAAAAGCCAGAGGCCACCAUGUUGGCUUCCGCAGUCUCCAGGAUGAUCCUCUGCUGGUCCACUACAUGGAGGUGGCCAAGCUGCAGAGUGACAAGAACUACAAGAAGGACUACCAAAAGUCCAAGCUGAAGUAUCACACCCCCGUGGACAUGAUGAGUGUGGUCCAUGCCAAGCAGGCCUCAGCUGUUCAGACCAAUACUGGGUACAGAAAGGUCCCACACAGCUAUGUGCUUCUACCAGACAACCUGCAAAUGCAGCGGUGUCGCACCAUGAAUGUGCAGACAAGUGAUUUUGAAUACAAAUCAGAGUGGAACAACUUUGUCAGAGGCAUUGGAUGGGUCCCAAUUGGCUCAAUUGGAGUUGAGACUGCUAAAGUUGGUGGUCAGAUUCAGAGCGACAACUUGUACCGCACUCAUCCCUCCAACUUCAAGUUCAAAAAGCUGAUGGACUCCAUGGACAUUGCCCUGGCUACUGCCAACAACAAGAUCAUGAACAAGCAAGCAUACACUGCAGCUUGGGACAAAGACAAGCUGACCGUCCAUGUCAUGCCAGAUUCUCCUGAGAUCGUUUUGGCCAAAGCUAAUGCUCUCACCAUGAGCAAUAAACUUUACAAAGCUGGUGUUGUUGAGAUGGCCAACAAGGGCUACCACCUCAAGGCUGACGCUAUCUCAAUUCUGGCUGCCAAGUCUGGAACAAAGAUUGCCAGUAAUUACAAGUACAAGUUGGCAUACGAGAAGGCCAGAGGCCACCAUGUUGGCUUCCGUAGCCUCCAGGACGAUCCUCUGCUGGUUCACUACAUGGAAGUGGCCAAGCUGCAGAGUGACAAGAACUACAAGAAGGACUACCAACAGGCCAAGCUCAAGUAUCACACCCCCGUGGACAUGAUGAGUGUUGUCCACGCCAAGCAGGCCUCAAAAGCUCAGACUAUGGCUGGAUACAGACAGAUCCAGCACAGUUACGCUCUCCUCCCGGAUGCCUUGAACCUUGCGCUGGCUCGCACCAUGAACGCCCAGGCCAGUGAUUGUGAAUACAAAUCAGAGUGGAACAACUUCAUCAGAGGCAUUGGAUGGGUCCCAAUUGGCUCAAUUGGAGUUGAGACUGCUAAAGUUGGUGGUCAGAUUUUGAGUGAGCAAAAGUACCGCACUCAUCCCUCCAACUUUAAGUUCAAAAAGCUGAUGGACUCCAUGGACGUGGCUCUGGCGACUGCCAACAACAAGAUCAUGAACAAGCAAGCAUACACUGCAGCUUGGGACAAAGACAAGCUGACCGUCCAUGUCAUGCCAGAUUCUCCUGAGAUCGUCCUGGCCAAGGCUAAUGCUCUCACUAUGAGCAAUAAACUUUACAAAGCUGGUGUUGUUGAGAUGGCCAACAAGGGCUACCACCUCAAGGCUGACGCUAUCUCAAUUCUGGCUGCCAAGUCUGGAACAAAGAUUGCCAGUAAUUACAAGUACAAGUUGGCAUACGAGAAGGCUAGAGGCCAACACGUUGGCUUCCGCAGCAUCCAGGACGACCCUCUGCUGGUUCACUACAUGGAAAUAGCCAGGUUGCAGAGUGACAAGAACUACAAGAAGGACUACCACAAGUCCAAGCUGAAGUAUCACAGCCCCGUGGACAUGAUGAGUGUUGUCCACGCCAAGCAGGCCUCAAAAGCUCAGACUAUGGCUGGAUACAGACAGAUCCAGCACAGUUACGCUCUCCUCCCGGAUGCCAUGAACCUUCAACUUGCUCGUAACAUGCAGUUUAUCGCCAGUGAUAACCAGUAUAAGAGUGAGUAUGAAAGCUUCUUUAAAGGAAUUGGAUGGGUACCUAUUGGGUCGUUGGACGUUGAGAAAGCAAAAACAGCUGGCCGCAUCAUCAGUGAGCACGGAUACCGUCAACAUCCAAGCAACUUCAAAUUCACUAAGAAUAUGGACUCCAUGGAUCUGAUGCUGGCCACAGCAAACAACCAGAUUAUGAAUAAGCAAGCGUAUGGCAAAGCCUGGGAAAAAGACAAAACUUCAAUCCACAUCAUGCCUGAUGCAAUGGACAUUGUUCUUGCCAGAGCAAACAAGAAGAACACCAGUGAGAAAUUGUACAAAUUGGACAACGAGCUGUCCAAGAAGAAGGGCCAUAAUGUUCGUGGUGAUGCCAUUGCUGUCCUGGCUGCCAAAGCCUCAACUGUUAUUGCCAGUGAUUACAAGUACAAGACAGGAUACCGUAAGCAGGUGGGCCACCACAUCGGUGCUCGCAGCAUCCAGGACGACCCUCUGCUCAUGCUGGCUCUGAACUCAGCCAGGAUUGCCAGUGAUUUCCUGUACAAGAAGGACUUCAACAAGUCCAAGACCAAGUUCCACCUGCCAGUGGACAUGAUGGCCUUUGAACUGGCCAAGAAGAAUCAGAUUCAGGUCAACCACGCCAACUACAUCACCCGUCUCCACAACUGGACUUGUCUGCCAGACUCCAAUGACGUGGUCGCCGCCAGACAUGCUUAUGACAUACAGAGUGAUGCUGUGUACAAGGAGGAUCUGAGGAUGAUGCAAGGUAUCGGAUGGGUGCCUAUAGGUUCACUGGAUGUUGAGAAGGCAAAGAAAGCUGGUGAAGCUCUGAGUGAAAGACUGUAUCGUCAGUCCCCAAGCAACUUCAAAUUCAAGAUCAGCACUGAAGACAUGCCCAUGGUGUUGGCUAAGGCCAAUGCUCAGGUUAUGAACAAGAAAGCAUACAUGGACGCAUGGGACAAGGACAAGACCAAGAUCCACAUCAUGCCUGACGCUAUGGAUGUUCUUUUAGCCAAGGCAAACAAUGUCAACUACAGCCUUAAAAAGUACAAACAGGCACAUGAGGAUGCCAAGAAGAAAGGCUAUGAUAUGCGCAAUGAUGCCGUUUCAAUCAUCGCAGCCAAGGCCUCCAGGGACAUUGCCAGUGAUUACAAAUAUAAGACAGGAUACCGUAAGCAGGUGGGCCACCACAUCGGUGCUCGCAGCAUCCAGGACGACCCUCUGCUCAUGCUGGCUCUGAACUCAGCCAGGAUUGCCAGUGAUUUCCUGUACAAGAAGGACUUCAACAAGUCCAAGACCAAGUUCCACCUGCCAGUGGACAUGAUGGCCUUUGAGCUGGCCAAGAAGAACCAGAUUCAGGUCAACCACGCCAACUACAUCACCCGUCUCCACAACUGGACUUGUCUGCCAGACUCCAAUGACGUGGUCGCCGCCAGACAUGCUUAUGACAUACAGAGUGAUGCUGUGUACAAGGAGGAUCUGAGGAUGAUGCAAGGUAUCGGAUGGGUGCCUAUAGGUUCACUGGAUGUUGAGAAGGCAAAGAAAGCUGGUGAAGCUCUGAGUGAAAGACUGUAUCGUCAGUCCCCAAGCAACUUCAAAUUCAAGAUCAGCACUGAAGACAUGCCCAUGGUGUUGGCUAAGGCCAAUGCUCAGGUUAUGAACAAGAAAGCAUACGUGGACGCAUGGGACAAGGACAAGACCAAGAUCCACAUCAUGCCUGACGCUAUGGAUGUUCUUUUAGCCAAGGCAAACAAUGUCAACUACAGCCUUAAAAAGUACAAACAGGCACAUGAGGAUGCCAAGAAGAAAGGCUAUGAUAUGCGCAAUGAUGCCGUUUCAAUCAUCGCAGCCAAGGCCUCCAGGGACAUUGCCAGUGAUUACAAAUAUAAGACGGGAUACCGUAAGCAGGUGGGCCACCACAUCGGUGCUCGCAGCGUCCAGGAUGACCCUCUGCUCGUGCUGGCUCUGAACUCAGCCAGGAUUGCCAGUGAUUUCCUGUACAAGAAGGACUUCAACAAGUCCAAGACCAAGUUCCACCUGCCAGUGGACAUGAUGGCCUUUGAGCUGGCCAAGAAGAACCAGAUUCAGGUCAACCACGCCAACUACAUCACCCGUCUCCACAACUGGACUUGUCUGCCAGACUCCAAUGACGUGGUCGCCGCCAGACAUGCUUAUGACAUACAGAGUGAUGCUGUGUACAAGGAGGAUCUGAGGAUGAUGCAAGGUAUCGGAUGGGUGCCUAUAGGUUCACUGGAUGUUGAGAAGGCGAAGAAAGCUGGUGAAGCUCUGAGUGAAAGACUGUAUCGUCAGUCCCCAAGCAACUUCAAAUUCAAGAUCAGCACUGAAGACAUGCCCAUGGUGUUGGCUAAGGCCAACGCUCAGGUUAUGAACAAGAAAGCAUACGUGGACGCAUGGGACAAGGAUAAGACCAAGAUCCACAUCAUGCCCGAUGCUAUGGAUGUUCUUUUGGCCAAAGCAAACAAUGUCAACUACAGCUUGAAAAAGUACAAACAGGCACAUGAAGAUGGCAAGAAGAAGGGUUAUGAUCUGCGCAAUGAUGCCGUUUCCAUCCUUGCAGCCAAGGCCGGCAGAGACAUCAUCAGUGAUUACAAGUACAAGACAGGAUACCGUAAGCAGGUCGGCCACCACAUCGGUGCUCGCUGUGUCCAGGACGACCCUCUGAUCAUGCUGGCUCUGAACUCAGCCAAGAUCGCCAGUGAUGCCCUGUACAAGAAGGACUUCAACAAGUCCAAGACCAAGUUCAACCUGCCAGUGGACAUGUUGAAUCUUGAGCUGGCCAAGAAAUGCCAAAUUCAAGUCAACCAUGCCAACUACAUCACCCGCCUGCACCAGUGGACCUGCCUGCCAGACUCCAAUGAUGUCGUCCAGGCCAGAAAAGCAUAUGACCUUCAGAGUGAUGCUGUCUACAAGGCUGACAUGAAGUGGCUCCAGGGCUUGGGCUGGGUCCCCAUUGGCUCGAUUGACGUGGAAAAAGCCAAGAAGGCUGGUGAGGUCUUGAGUGAAAUAAAGUACCGCCAGCACCCCAGCACCCAACACUUCACCAGCACCACGGAUGCUAUGAACAUGGUUUUGGCAAAGAAUAAUGCUUUGACCAUGAACAAGCGUCUCUACACUGAGGCAUGGGAGAAGGACAAGACUACCCUGCACAUCAAACCCGACACUCCUGAGAUCAUCCUCUCUCAGCAGAAUGCUAUCAACAUGAGCAGGAAACUGUACAGACAAGGUUUUGAUGAAACAAUCAAGAAAGGUUACUUCCUUCCAGUUAAUGCAGUGUCAGUCCUGGCUGCUAAGGCUUCCAGGGACAUCGUCAGUGACUACAAGUACAAGACAGGAUACCGCAAGCAGGUGGGCCACCAUAUUGGUGCUCGCUGCGUGGAGGAGGACCCUCUGAUCAUGCUGGCUCUGAACUCAGGAAAGAUCGCCAGUGAUGUCCUGUACAAGAAAGACUUCAACAAGUCCAAGACCAAGUUCAACCUGCCAGUGGACAUGUUGAAUCUUGAGCUGGCUAAGAAAUGCCAGAUUCAAGUCAACCAUGCCAACUACAUCACCCGCCUGCACCAGUGGACCUGCCUGCCAGACUCCAGUGAUGUCGUCCAGGCCAGAAAGGCCUACAAUCUUCAGAGUGAUGCUGUUUACAAAGCUGACAUGGAUGAGGUCAUUGGCGUAGGAUGGAUCCCAAUUGGUUCAAUUGAUGUUGUUAAAGCUAAGAAUGCCUCAAACAUCCUCAAUGAACGUCUGUACAGGCAGAAACCAGAAACAUUCAAAUUUAAAACUGACAUGACCUCCAUGCCCAUGGUGUUAGCCAAAACAAACGCUGAGACCAUCAACAAGAAACACUACAUCGCUGCUUGGGAGGCUGAUAAGAUUAAGACCCAUGUGACGCCUGACCUUCCUGAGCUGCUGCUUUCUAAAGCUAAUGCUUACAACAUCAGCAGGAAACUGUACAGGGAAGGCGUUGAGGAGAUGUUCAGAAAGGGCUACGACAUGAAAGCCGAUGCUGUCUCUGUUAAAGCUGCCAAACAUGGAAGAGAAAUCAUCAGCGAUUACAAAUAUAAGACAGGAUACCGCAAGCAGGUCGGCCACCACAUCGGGGCUCGCUGCGUCCAGGACGACCCUCUGAUCAUGCUGGCUCUGAACUCAGCCAAGAUCGCCAGUGAUGCCCUGUACAAGAAGGACUUCAACAAGUCCAAGACCAAGUUCCACCUGCCAGUGGAUAUGUUGAAUCUUGAGCUGGCCAAGAAAUGCCAGAUUCAGGUCAACGAUUUCAACUACAGAACUCAUCUGCAUAACUGGACCUGCCUGCCAGACUCCAACGAUGUGGUCCAGGCCAGAAAGGUGUAUGACCUUCAGAGUGAUGCUGUGUACAAAGCUGACAUGGAAUGGAUCAGGGGAACCGGUUGGGUACCAAUUGGGUCAGUUGAUGUGGAGAAAGCCAAGAAAGCUGCAGAAAUUCUGAGUGAAAUAAAGUACCGUCAGCAUCCCAGCAACUUCAAAUUCACUGCCAAGACAUGUGACAUGCCAUAUGCGCUUGCUCAGGCCAAUGCCCAAACCAUGAACAAGAAAGCAUAUAAUGCUGCCUGGGAGAACGAUAAGAUCAACAUUCACGUCAUGCCAGACACCCCAGAGAUCGUCCUGGCCAAGCAGAAUAAACUCAACACCAGUCUGAAAUAUUAUCGUGAAGGCUACAUGGACACCAUCAACAAAGGCUACUACCUUCCCAAAGAUGCUAUUUCUGUUCGAUCAGCAAAGGCUUCAAGAGACAUCAUCAGUGAUUACAAAUACAAGGCCGGUUUCCGCAAGCAGUGUGGCCACCACAUUGGUGCCCUUAGUGUGAAUGACGACCCACUGCUUGUGUUGGCCGCCAAUGCAGCCAGGAUCUCCAGCGACAACAUCUAUAAGAAGGACUUCCACAAGACCAAGACCAAGUACAACCUCCCAGUGGACAUGUUGGCGAUUGAACUGGCCAAGAAAUGCCAGCAGCAAGUGAACGACUUCAACUACAGAACUCACUUGCACCAGUGGACCUGCCUGCCAGACUCCAGUGAUGUUGUUCAGGCUAGAAAGGUUUACGACCUGCAGAGUGAUGCUGUCUACAGAGCUGAUAUGGAGUGGCUGAGGGGAUGUGGCUGGUCACCUCAGGACUCUGUGGAUGUCAUCAAGGCUAGAAAUGCCCAGACUAUUCUCAAUGAGAGGCUGUACCGCCAGCCACCGAGCACUCAGAAGUUCACCAGUGUUGUUGACCUCCCAGCUAUUGUCCUGUCCAAGCAAAACGCUGACAACAUCAGUGAUAGGAAAUAUAGACAAGUUUGGGAUCAAGACAAGCUCUCCUUCCACAUGCCACAUAACGCCCCGAGCUUUGAACUGUCCAAGGCUAAUUCUGUCAACAUAAGCAAUAAACUGUACACAAAGACAUGGGAUGACCAGAAGGCCAAGGGCUACCAUAUCAAGGAGGAUGCUAUCUCUGUGCUGAAGGCUAGAGCUUCCAGAGAUAUCAUUAGUGACUACAAGUACAAGACAGGAUAUCGUAAGCAGGUCGGCCACCACAUCGGGGCUCGCUGCGUGGAGGAGGACCCUCUGAUCAUGCUGGCUCUGAACUCAGGGAAGAUUGCCAGCGAGGUUCUGUACAAGAAGGACUUCAACAAGUCCAAGACCAAGUUCCACCUGCCAGUGGAUAUGUUGAAUCUCGAGCUGGCCAAGAAAUGCCAGAUUCAGGUCAACGAUUUCAACUACAGAACUCAUCUGCACCAGUGGACUUGUCUGCCAGACUCCACCGAUGUCGUCCAGGCCAGAAAGGCCUACGAUCUGCAGAGCGAUGCUGUUUACAGAGCUGAUCUUGAAUGGAUACGUGGAUGUGGAUGGGUCCCACAUGAGAGUGUGGAUGUACUAAAAGUGAAGCACGCACAGAAGAUCCUUGCUGAUAGAGGCUAUCGUGUCAAGUUGGAUACGCAGAAAUUUGUUGUCCACAAUGACAGAGUGGACAUGGUCUGUGCCAAGAACGCUGCUGACGUCCUCAAUGAGGCCAAAUAUCGUGAGGCUUGGCACAAGGACAAGACCAAGUUCACAAUUUCGGACACUCCAGUACUCGCCACAGCCAGAGAGGUGGCUAAGAACGUUCACCCGCACCUGUACACCAAAGAAUGGGACAAGGUCAAAGCCACAGGGUACUACAUGCCUGGAGAUGCUGUACCAAUCAAGCAGUGCAUCUCUAAUUCUAAAGUCCAAAGUCAGCACAAGUACCUCGAUUCAUACCGCAAGCAAGUCGGCCACCACAUCGGUGCUCGCUGCGUCCAGGACGACCCUCUGAUGAUGCUGGCUCUGAACUCAGCCAAGAUUGCCAGUGACGCUCUGUACAAGAAGGACUUCAACAAGUCCAAGACCAAGUUCAACCUGCCAGUGAACAUGCUGCAGUUUGAGCUGGCCAAGAAAUGCCAGGCCCAAGUCAACGAUGACAACUACAGAACCCGCCUUCACCAGUGGACCUGCAUGCCAGACUCUAAUGAUGUCAUCCAGGCCCGCAAAGCCUAUGAACUGCAGAGUGACCAUGUGUAUAAGGCUGACAUGGAGUGGCUCCGUGGCUGCGGCUGGAUGGCAGCUGACUCUGUCGACCACGUCAAGGUCAGGAAGGCCCAGGAGAUUAUCAACGAGAGGCACUACAAGAAGCAUGCCAUCGAAUGCUUCAAGAAAUUCACCCUGAUUGUGGACCGCCCUGAGCUCAUCCUGGCCAGAAUAAAUGCUGCAAACCUCAGUGAUCUGAAGUACAAAGAGACAUUCAAUGCAGAGAAGGGUCAAUACAUCGGUUCAGAAGACACUCCCCAACUUGCCCACAGCAGAGAGGUUUCUAAGAACAUCAGUGAGAAACUCUACAAACAGUCGUGGGAUGAAUCAAAGGCCGCAGGCUACAAGCUGAAUCACGAAUACAUCCCGCUCAUCAGUGGCAAGAAGGGAAGGGAGAUCGCUAGUGAUGUUAAGUACAAGGAUUUGCAUGAGAAGGCAAAGGGUCACUACAUGGCUGGAACCCUGGUGGACUUCCCCGAAGUGAUGCGCUGUGGAGACCAGGAGAAGAACAAGGGACUGAGGCUCUAUCAGAAGGAUUACAAUCAAACCAAGACCAAGACCCACCUCCCGCCUGACAUCAUCGCUAACAAGGUGGCCAAGCGUUGCCAGGAUAUGCUGAGCGAUGUCCUGUACCGCACCUACCUGCACCAGUGGACCUGCCAUCCCGACCAGGAGGACGCCAUCCGUGCCCGCAAGACCAACGAGAUUCUCAGUGAUGUGUUCUACAAGGAGGACCUGACCUGGAUGAGGGGUAUCGGUUGUUAUAUCUGGGACACACCCGAGAUUGUUCGUGCCAAGAAGUCCUACGAGCUUCAGAGUGAGCUGAAAUACAGAGACGAAGCCAAGAAAGAAUUCAACAAUUACUCCAUUGUGACUGACACUCCAGCGUAUGUGACUGCUGUCCUGGGUCACACCUGGGCCAGUGAUCUCAACUAUAGAGAGGCUUACCACAAGGAGAAGCACCUGUACACCACCAUCCUGGAUACCCACGACUAUGCCAGAUGCCACAACUUCAAGCAGUUCUUCAGCAAUAAAAACUACAGUGCUGCCUGGGACAAAAUCAAAGCCAAGGGCUACAAGAUGCCACAUGACUCACACGCCCUGAAACAUGCCAAACAGCAGAAAGUCAUUCUCAGCAGUGUGAAGUACAAGGAGGAUUACGAGAAGUUCAAAUCCCUCUACAGCCUGCCCAAGUCUCUUGAGGACGAUCCUGGCACUGCUCGCUGUGUCAAAGCUGGAAAACUGGUCCUGGACCGUCUGUACAAGGAGGACUACGAGAAGAACAAGGCCAAGAACCAUAUCCCUCCAGACAUGCUGGAGAUCCUGUCCGCCCGCAACACCCAGUCCACCGUCAGUGGAAUCCACUACCGCAAGUAUCUGCACCAGUGGAUCUGUCUCCCUGACAUGCAGGUUUACGUCCAAGCACGCAAAGUCAACGAGCAGCUCAGUGACAUCUUCUACAAGGAUGACCUGAACUGGCUGAAGGGUAUCGGCUGCUAUGCCUGGGACACACCAGAGAUCCUGCGUGUGAAGAAUUCUGGUAAUCUUCAGAGUGAGAACAAGUACAGAGCCAAGGGCAUCGAAUCCUUCAAGGAAUACUCUGUGGUGACAGACACUCCAGUGUAUGAGACAGCCAAGCAGAACGCUCAGAAUCUGAGUGAUCUGCACUAUCGCUAUGACUACAACACCAACAUCAAGGGCACCUGCAACACGCCUGCUGUUACCAUAGAGACCGAAAGGGCGCGCUUGGCUAACUACAUCCAGAGCGAUAACUUGUACAAGGAGGCCAAUAAGAACUUCAUGCCCACUGGUUACUCCCUGCCCAAUGACACACCGCUCAUCAAGCAGGCUAAGAUGAACAGCGUCGUCACCAGCAAUGUGAAGUACAAGGAGGCCUAUGAGAUGACCAAGGCCAAAGCGUACACUCUUCAUCCGGAGGGAGUGAACUUUGUCAACUCCAGGAAGGCCAACGUCAUCACCAACAAUCGUCUGUAUCGUGAGGACUACCACAAACAAAAGGACAAGAUCCACACAACCUACGACACCCCUGAUAUCAAACAAGUCAAGCUGAACCAGGCGAACCUCAGCGAAUUGUGCUACAGAGAGAAAUACUACAACACCAGAGGCCAGCUGAUCAAUAUGCCCAUUACGCCCCAGCUGAUGCACUGCCGCCACGUCAAUGAGAUCACCAGCGAGCUGAAAUACAAAGAGGACCUGAUGUGGCUGAGAGGCGUCGGCUGCUUCUUGUACGACACCCCAGAGAUGGUCCACGUUCGCAACAUCACUAAACAAAGAGUGGAAUACCCGGUGGAAGCUAAGAAAAACUUUGCCAACUUCUCCGUGGUCCUGGACACACCGGAGUACAAGCGUGUGACUGAGCUGAAGACCCACAUGAGCGGCAUGGUCUACAAAGCCCAGAGUAAGGAGGAGAUGGCUAAGGUCACCACCACCUUGGACUCUGUGGACAUCAAGAGAGCCAAAUGGGCCCAGCAGCUGACUAACAUUUUCCAGUACAAAGGCCUGGCAAGUAAGGAGAGGUCUCAUUUCACCCAGGAAAUUGAAACUCCAGUCAUGGGCCAUUCCAGGAAAAUGAAAGUGGUCCAGAGUGCCAACAAAUACAAAGAGCAGUAUGAGAAGAUGAAGCACAGAUACACGGCCAUUGCUGACACACCUAUCCUGAUCCGUGCCAAGAAGUCCUACCUCCAGUCCAGCGAUCUGCGUUACAAAGAGACAUUUGAGCUCUCUAAAGGUCACUACCACACAGUCAAGGAUGCUCUGGACAUCAUCUACCACCGCAGAGUCACAGAUGACAUCAGUGAGGUUAAAUACAGAGAGAAGUACAUCAGCACUCUGGGAACAUGGAAGUCCAUCCCCGACCGUCCCGAGUUCUUCUUCAGCAAAAUUGCCAACGAUAACGUCAGCAGUAUCAAGUACAAGGAGGACCUGGAUUGGCUGAAGGGUAUUGGCUGCUAUGUGUGGGACACACCCGAGCUGCUGCAGGCUGAGAAAAACAAGACGUUGUACAGCGAGAGACUUUACAAAGCGUCCUUUGAGAAGAACAGAGGCAACUUCAAGUAUUCCUGUGACUCUCCAUUCUUCGAGGCUGCCAAGCAUGCCUCCAGUCUCAUCAACAACGCAAGGUAUAAAUCCAAAGCUAAGGAGCUGCUAAAGAGUGGCUGCAACGAGCUGCUCCGCCCUGACAUCCUCACAGCCCUUUACUCCACUACGUUAGGCAGUAAGUGGAGGUACAGGCAGCAGUACGAGCAUGCCAAGGACAAGUUCACCUCUAUUCUGGAGACUCCCGAGUAUGAGUCCCACAGACGCAGCAAGAAGAUCAGCGAUAUCAUCUACAAGAUGGAGUACAACAAGACCAAGGCUAAGGGCUACACCUUGCCUUAUGACACUCCAUACCAGCAGCACAUGAAGAAGGUCAAGGAGCUCACAAGCAACCUGAAGUACAGAGAAGUGUAUGAGAAGAGCAAGGCCCAGAUCAACAUAGACCCUGAGGCUCAUGAGAUCCGUGCUGCCAAGGAGGCUUACAGGAACAUCAGCAAUCUUAACUACAAGAAGAAGUAUGAAGCCACCAAGAACAAGUGGAUCUGGACCACAGACAGACCCGACUUCAUCAAUGCUGCCAAGAACUCCCUGCAGCAGAGUGAUGUUGAGUACAAGUAUGACAAAGAGAUGAUGAAGGGCUGUGUGAUUCCUGUCACUGACGACAAGCUCACCCUCCUGAAUAUGAAGAAUACAGAUUUGGCCAGCACAGUGAAGUACAAACAGAAGUAUGAAAAGGAGAAGGGUCACUUUGUGCCGGUCCAGGACACUCCUCAAAUCCUCCAUGCUAAGGCUGUGCGCGUUCUGGCAUCAGAGAGCAAAUACAAGGAGGCCAGUAAGAAGGACAUGCAGUCAGGCUCAUUCACCACCCUGUCUGAGACUCGUGACACGGUUCACAGCAAGCAGAUCAACAAGCUCGUCAGCGGGAAACUGUACAAAGCCAAGUUUGAGAAGGAGAAGGGCAAGUCGAUCUAUAACCAGAUGAUUGUUCCACCUGAUGUUCAGCAUGCCAUUGAUGUGGCCAAGUGUCAGAGCAAUGUUUCCUACAAGAAGGAUGCCAAAGCCAACCUGCACUACACAUCUGUGGUCGACCGUCCUGACAUAAAGAAAGCUACCCAGGCCGCCAAACUGAUCAGCGGGAUCGGCUACCGUGACAAGGCCCGUGAGGAGGCCAGUCGUGGAGGUUCUCUGGCCUACCGCCCAGACAUCGCUCUGGCCACUGAAGUGUCCAAGCUGAACAGCCAGGUGGAGGCCAAGCCCUCCCUCCAUGGAGCAGCUUCCUAUGAUACCCCCCAGAUGCGCCACAUUAAGAAAAUGAGUGCCGUGACUAGUGAUUUGAAGUACAAGGAGAAGUUUGACAAGGAGAUGAAAGGAAGGAAACCACAAUAUGACCUGAAGGAUAGUAAGAUUUAUCAGACUUUGAAGGAUGCCAACGUGCUAGCUAGUGAGGUGAAGUACAAGGGUGACCUGAAGAAGAUCCACAAGCCUGUGACUGACAUGGCCGAGUCUCUGUCCAUGCAGCACAAUCUGAGCACCAGCAAGCUGUCGAGCAGCUACUGCUACAAGAAGAAAUUUGAGGAGAGUAAGGGUCACUACCUUAUGAUCGCUGACACACCAGAACAAAUCCAUCACAAGGAGGCUACUGAACUUCAGAGUAACGUGAAAUACAAGGAGAAGUAUGAGAAGGAGAAGGGCAAGGCAAUGCUGGACUUCGAGACACCCACAUAUGUGACUGCUAAGGAGGCCCAGCACAUGCAGAGCCAGAAAGACUAUAAGAAGGACUUUGAGGAGAACAUGAGGGGCAAGAACCUCUCAGGCUUGGAGGUCACCCCUGCCAUGAUACAUGUCAGACAUGCCACCAAAAUAGCCAGUGAGAGAGAGUACAGGAGGGAUCUAGAAGAGGGAGUGAAGGGUAAAGGGCUCACUGUACUGGAGGAAACUCCGGAGCUUUUGAGAGCAAAGAAUGCAACUCAUAUCCUGUCUGAGAGAGAGUACAAGAAGGCAAUGGAGCAGGAGAUUAAGGGCAAGGGAAUGUUGGCUUUGGCUACGGACACCCCAGACUUCAUGAGGGCCAGGAACGCUACUGACAUCCUCAGUCAGGCUAAGUACAAGCAUACCGCUGAGAUGGACAGGGCCAGCUACACCUCUGUCAUCGACACCCCUGACAUCAUCCAUGCUCAGCAGAUGAGGAACAUUAUCAGCCAGAAAAAGUACAGAGAGGAGGCUGAGAAGACCAUGUCUCACUAUGUACCAGUUCUGGACACCCCAGAGAUGCAGAGAGUCCGUGAGAACCAGAAGAACUUCAGCACUCAUCAAUACCAGAUUGACCAUAAAAACAUAAAGGGCAAAGUGUCUUCAGUACAGGACACUCCUGAAAUGCUUCGUGUUAAAGAGAAUACAAAGAAUUUCAGCUUGAUUGCGUACAAAGAUGAUUUGGGAGAAGGAACGGCUUUGCCAGAGACUCCAGAGAUGGAGAGAGUUAAACGCAACCAGAGGAACAUUAGCAUGAAUCAAUACAAAGCAGGAGUGGGACAAGGCACGUCCGUAUCAGAGACCCCCGAGAUGGAGAGAGUUAAACGCAACCAGCAGAAUAUUAGCACGAAUCAGUACAAGGAGUCUGUGGGUCAAGGCACAGCCAUACCAGACCCCCCCGAGAUGAAGCGGGUCCGAGAAACACAGAAGAAUAUCAGCUUGCUUCAAUACAAAGCAGGAGUGGGACAAGGCACGUCCGUAUCAGAGACCCCCGAGAUGGAGAGAGUUAAACGCAAUCAGCAGAAUAUUAGCACGAUAAAAUACAAGGACUCGCCAGCUCGAAGCACAGCUAUACCGGACCUCCCCGAGGUGCAGCGGGUCAAACAGACCCAGAAGCACAUCAGCUCGGUGUUGUAUAAAGACAGUUCCGCCAAGGGAACUCCUGUGGUGUAUACUCCUGAGAUGGAGCGAGUCAAAAGGAACCAAGAAAAUAUUAGCUCGGUGCUGUACUCUGACAGUUUCCGUAAGCAGGUUCAGGGCAAGGCCUCCUUCGUCCUGGACACACCUGAGAUGAGGCGUGUCAGGGAGACCCAGCGCAUCAUUUCUGGAGUGAGAUACCACGAGGACUUCGAGAAGAGCAAGGGCAGCUUCACUCCCACCACCUCUGACCCGGUGACCGAACGCGUGAAGAAGAACACCCAGGACUUCAGCGACAUCAACUACCGCGGCAUCCAGAGACGCGUGGUGGAGAUGGAGAGGAGACGUGCCAUCGAGCAUGACCAGGAGACCACCACUGAUCUGCGUGUGUGGCGCACAAACCCCGGCUCUGUGUUUGACUACGACCCUGCUGAAGACAACAUCCAGUCCAGGAGUCUGCACAUGAUGUCAGUUCAAGCUCAGCGUCGCAGCAAGGAGCACUCCCGCUCCACCAGCGCCCUGAGCGGCCCGGGUGAUGAAAAGUCUGAGGUGUCCCAGGACGCCGACCACCACAUGUCCCUCUACAGCAACGGCUUCAUGACCUCCUCUAUAGGCUACCAGACUGCUAAGACCGUGGAGCUGCAGCAGAGGUCAUCAUCAGUGGCCACCCAGCAGACCACCGUCUCCUCCAUCCCCUCCCACCCCUCUACCACUGGAAAAACUGUGCGUGCCAUGUACGACUACGGAGCAGCCGACCCAGACGAGGUUUCCUUCAAAGAUGGCGACGUCAUCGUUAACGUGCAGGCCAUCGACGAGGGCUGGAUGUACGGUACCGUGCAGCGCACCGGCAAGACCGGCAUGCUGCCAGCCAACUACGUUGAAGCAAUAUAAAGACAAAGCCCGCCCAUCGUCCCUCCAGAGUGGGCGAGACAACAUCCACGAGGCAAACCGAUCGAUCACAACUGUGGCUUAGUGCAAUGUGUAGCUUGUAGCUUCCUGUUAGCUCUGUGUCUGUUUUUGAAUUGUGUUGUUAUUCCUGUUUUGGUCUCUUAUCAUUCAUAUGCUGCUGCUCCUGUUACCUGUGGAUGUGACAUACGCAUCCUGACAUGACACAUAUACAUACUUCUGAUUAUGUGAGAGAAAGACUGUGUGUAUUGUUUGAACACACUACCUAGGAAAAGUAAGACUCGCUAACAAACGUCCUGGCCCAUUAUUGUGUACAUUACAAAAAUACUUGUGUCCAAAUUCUCAUCAAAUAGCAUAAGGCUCCCGUCGCUGCAGCUCAUACUUAUGCCUUCAAAUGGAUUCUACAGGGAGGGGAAAAAAAGGAUGAUAAAAUAAGGAAACAUAUAAAGGAGUGUGUUACCAUGUACCUCCUCCGUGAUGAAACCACUCCUGAAGAGUUGUAUCAGAUGAGCCUCAGUCUUCCCUCCACGAUAAUGAAGGCUCACCUCUAAUAAACCGUGUGUGUGUUAUGUGUCUUCGGAUUAUGUAGGUCGUGGAGUGAAUCACGUCCUCUACCUUUAAUCAGUAGCUAAUAAAGCACACCAAGCUCCUGCA